GUCCCAGGUCAACCCGGUCGACAUUUUCUCUCGUCGGUUCUGUGAUAUAUAAGUUUUGUUGUCCUUACAUUAUUGCAGCCAUGAGUUACUUUAAAGAACCUGACGGUAAAGAUUGCCUCGGGAAGACUGCAUUUACGACAAAAGUCGCAACGGCGGGAGGUUUAGCUUCUAGUAUGUAUGCCUAUUUAUUCAAAUAUGGUAAACUGACGCCAGUGCAAGGAUUAAUCAAUGGAGGAAAUAUUACAUUAACAAUGGCGGCCCUUGGUGCUGUGUUUGGAGCAACUACUUGUAUAUCAACAUCAGUGAGGGGAAAAGAUGGCAGGUUAAAUUACUUCAUUGGUGGUUGUACAACAGGGGCUUUACUUGGAGUCAAAGCACAUAGCUAUGCUGUUGGGUUUGGUGCAUGUGCUGGAUUUGGUAUUAGUGCUGCUUUGUACAAACACGGAAAGAUGGAAGACUGGCCUUUUGUAAUUCAAGACCCCAGAUAUUAAUUAACACUUCCUUUGAAUGCACUGAAAUAUUUGUUUUUUUUGUAAGAAAAGUAAAUGGAAUUUUAGGUUUUCCCUGAAAAGCUGUAAUUUAUGUGUGACGUGUGCAUCUUUAGGUGCUUGCCGCUGAAAGCUUGUAAUGAAACAGCACCAACUAGAGAUGAAAGUGUUCAAACCUAUUCCAGAUUUGGUGAGGGCACUAUUAUGUGGUCUUUGUAGUGUUAGACACCAAUGACCAUGCAUGCUCCAUACUUUUUUAGAUAAAUACAAGAUUGAGAAUACCCUUUCCAAAUCACCUAGUUGUAUGUGUAUCAUGGUGCAAAGUAAACAACAAAUUGGAGUAAGAAAAAUGGCACAAUUUUCCUUUUGUAUAUCACUACUGACUGUUUACCAUCCUAAGGGCUGAUUUGUUUUGAUUAAUUCUACCGACUAUGUACAGAUAAUUAUUGGAAAUAUUCUAGAAGUUCAUCAUGUUAAUUUGGUUUUAAUAAAAUCUAUUUGACCAAAUUGUA